UAAAGUAUUAUUGAUCAUAUAUCAAGUAGUACUAGACAAAAAUGGAGAAUGAGGAGCUUUCCACUGUUGACUAUGGUGGAUCUCUCCCUGUUGAUAAUGUUCAAGAAUUGGCUUCAAACAACCCCACUCAAAUCCCAUCUCGCUAUCUUCAGCCCGAAACCCUACUUGAUCAAAUUUCCGUCGUAGAAACACUGGAGCUACCCGUAAUCGAUAUGACCAAACUACUUGAUCAUCGCCAUCAUGAAUUGGAAAAACUUCAUUUAGCUUGUAAAGAUUGGGGAUUCUUCCAGCUAAUCAAUCAUGGGGUUUCAGAGGAAGUGAUUGAGAAAAUAAAGAUUGAUAUAGAAGAAUUCUUUAAAAUGCCAUUAGAGAAGAAACAAAGUUAUGCACAACAACCAAACAGUAUUGAAGGCUAUGGCCAAGCUUUUGUUCAUUCUGAAGACCAAAAGCUUGAUUGGGGUGACAUGUUAUUCCUUAUAGCUCUACCUCUCUCUCACAGAAAUAUGAGAUGUUGGCCUAUUCAACCUAUUUCUUUUAGAGAAAAUCUAGAUAAAUACUCAAGGGAAGUGCAGAAAGUUGCAGUUUGUGUAAUGAAAUUCAUGUCUAGAAACCUGGGACUGAAUUCUGAAACACUAGCUAGUAAAUUUGAGGAUGGAACACAAGGAAUGAGAAUCAAUUACUACCCACCUUGUGUUGAAGCUGACAAAGUAAUUGGCCUCACUCCACAUUCUGAUGCCACUGGAUUGACUCUGCUGCUACAAGUGAAUGAUGUACAAGGUUUGCAGAUCAAGAAAAAUGGGAAAUGGAUAGUUGUGAAACCUGUGCCAGGUGCAUUCAUAGUCAACAUUGGUGACAUCAUUGAGAUAAUGAGCAAUGGGGAGUACAAGAGCAUAGAGCACAGAGCUGUUGUGAACCCAGAGAAGCAACGUAUUUCAAUUGCUGCAUUUCAUAGUCCACAUAUUAAAGGCAUUGUUGGUCCUUUACCAGAUCUAGUAAAACAACAUUGUAAGCCUAACUAUAAAACUAUCAGUACAGAGGAUUACAUCAGACUUAUUGUCACUAACAAGCUUGAUGGUAAAACCCAACUAGAUUUUCUGAAGCAAGAAGACUAGUUACUUAAAUAAUAAUAAUAAGAAGAAGAAGAAGAAGAAAUAAUGUUAUAUACUAUAUAGAGCAGACACUGUCAUUUUAUGGCUCAAUGAUUUGAAAUGGCACCUGCAAAAGGGUUUAUUCUUCUCAUUUCCUCAAACUGUGUACAGAUUAUGAAUGGGAGUAAGAGUUAAUAUCAGC